AGGUGAUCACGCCGGGGCGGCUCCACGCGCGCCGAGGGCCUGGGACCUCAGUCCGCCCGGGCGCAACCUCAGGGCCCCCCGCGUCCCCACCGUGACCCCCCGCGGCCCAGCCGCUCUUUGCAUCUCGUCUCGCCCACAGCUCGCCCCGGCCGGUCCAAGGGCCCGAACGCGACCUUGGACCAGCCUACCAUCCCGGAUCACCCUCUGCCUCGGCCACGAGUGCAGGGCACGCCCGGAGCCCUGGAGCACUUGGAGCAUUUGGUCCCUGCCGUGCUGGAUGCCAUGAGUUGCUAAAAUUGAGACUGGCUUUAGAGCUGCCUUGGGGUGCGGCGUGGGGGGCACAGAGCCAUGUCGGACCUGCUACUCCUGGGCCUGAUUGGGGGCCUGACUCUGCUGCUGCUGCUGACGCUGCUGGCCUUUGCUGGGUACUCAGGGCUGCUGGCUGGAGUGGCAGUGAGUGCUGGCUCACCCCCCGUCCGCAACGUCACCAUGGCCUACAAGUUCCACGUGGGGCCCUAUGGUGAAACUGGGCGGCUUUUCACAGAGAGCUGCAGUGUCUCCCCCAAGCUCCGCUCCGUUGCCGUCUACUAUGACAACCCCCGCACGGUGCCCCCUGCGAAGUGCCGCUGUGCGGUGGGCAGCAUUCUGAGUGAAGGUGAGAAGUCACCCUCCCCUGAGCUCAUCCGACUCUACCAGAAAUUUGGCUUCAAGGUGUUCUCUUUCCCGGCACCCAGCCAUGUGGUGAUGGCCACCUUCCCCUACACCACACCCCUGUCCAUCUGGCUGGCUACCCGCCGUGUCCAUCCUGCCCUGGACACCUACAUCAAGGAGCGGAAGUUGUGUGCCCACCCACGGCUGGAGAUCUACCAGCAAGACCAGAUCUAUUUCAUGUGCCCACUGGCACGGCAGGGAGACUUCUAUGUGCCUGAGGUGAAGGAGACAGAACGGAAAUUCCGGGGCCCUGCGGAGGCCAGUGAUGCCCAGGUGGAUGGCACAGGAACUGACACGAUGAGUGACACGAGUUCUGUAAGCCUGGAGGUGGGUCCUGGCAGCCGGGAGACUUCAGCUGCCACACUGUCCCUUGGGGUGAGCAGCCGUGGCUGGGAUGAUGGUGACACCCGCAGUGAGCACAGCUACAGCGAGUCAGGUGCCAGUGGCUCCUCCUUUGAGGAGCUGGACCUGGAGGGCGAGGGACCCCUGGGGGAGCCAAGGGUCGGCCCUGAGGCUGAACCCCUGGGGGUUGCCAAGUGGCCCCGGGAGCCCAGUACCCCUGAGAAGGGCGAGGAGUAACCCGCAGCCUGCACAUUCCUGUGGUGCAGUUGCUAAGGAACUGAGCAGCCUCUUCAGUCCUCUUCUUCCUCCACCUCCCGGGCUCAGGCUGGGGCCAGGGCUCUCAAGCGGACCUGACUUCUACUGCCCUGGGCCUCUGGCUAAGCCUUCUCCUCACUGCCCUCUCAGCUCCCAGAGCCAAAGGAGCUGGGACUGUUGUCGGCACCCAGCCCCCGGGCCUGCCACCCCUGUUACAUCUUUUUUUCAGAUUCACAUUGGAGUUUCCAGGACCCAGAAUAAAGCAAAUGCUUUUCUUUGUUUCA